AUGAGUGAUGCUGCUGGGGGCGGCGGCGGCGGAGGAGAAGGAGAAGCAGCAGCAGCAGCAGCAGCGCAGAGCCACCGCGGCUUUUCCGCCGGCGGCUGCGAGAGCAGCGGCUCUACCUCGCCCGAGCGGCGGCGGCGGCGGGGCGCGGCGGCGGGCGGCGGGCCGGGGUUGGCCGGGGGGCUCGGGGCCGGCGGGGACAGCAGCAUGCCGGCGGGUGACGGGGACAAGGAGGAGCCGGCCCCGCCAGCUCGCCCCGCCGCCCUGCUGCGGUGGGACGAGGUGCCCGAGGACUUCGUGGAGUGCUUCAUCCUCUCGGGCUACCGGCGGCUGCACUGCUCGGCACAGGAGUGCUUGGCCUCGGUGCUGCAGCCCACCAAUGAGACCCUCAACUUCUGGACCCACUUCAUUCCACUGCUGCUCUUCCUCAGCCGCUUCGGGAAGCUGCUGCUGCUUCGAGGCGCUGGGGAUGUGCCCUUCCACCACCCGGCCCUACUGCCCCUGUGGUGCUAUGCCUCAGGGGUGCUGCUCACCUUCGCCAUGAGCUGCACGGCCCACCUCUUCAGCUGCCUCUCCCCACGCCUCCGUGCCACCUUCUUCUACCUGGACUAUGCCUCCAUCAGCUACUAUGGCUUUGCCAGCACUGUGGCCUACUCCUACUACCUGCUGCCAGGGCUGAGCCUGCUGGACGCCAGUGCCAUGAGCCACUACGUGCAGCAGCGGCUGGGCUGGCAGCUGGACUGCAGCCUGCCCAUCGCAGUCUACCGUGUGCUGGUGCUGCCUGUGGCCCUGGCACUGGCUGUGGGCUGCACAGCCGCAUGCUGCCGCAGCCGUGCUGCCUGCUGCGCCUACCCUUUUGCCGUGCGCACCUUCGUCUUCGCCAUGCCACUGAGCAUGGCCUGCCCCAUCAUGCUAGAGAGCCUCUUCUUUGAUCUCCGCACCCGCAACCCUACUCUCUUCAUCUACUUCUACCGGCGCUACUUUUGGCUCCUGGUGGCCGCCUUCUUCAAUGUCAGCAAAAUCCCCGAGCGGAUCCAGCCAGGGCUCUUCGACAUUGUGGGGCACAGCCACCAGCUUUUCCAUAUCUUCACCUUCCUCAGCAUCUACGACCAGGUGCACUAUGUGGAGGAUGGGCUGGCCGAGUUCCUCAAGGCACCCCUGGCUGCUCCCACCUACCUGGGCACUGUGGGGUAUAUGCUGCUCCUGACAAUCUGCCUGGCUGUGGUUGUAAGGAGGUUCCUCAAAGUCGCAGACCUCUGCAAGCAGGACUAG